CGUAAAUAUCCCUCAAAAGAGUAACGGCGAAGGUAGUCGUUCGUAACGAACUCCUUGUCAGUAUUAACAGAGCACAGCUCUCGUUCUUCACUUUUCUUUAUCAGUUUUCCAAUUCCGUUUUCUCUCUGCAAAAAAUAUGAAAUUCUCAGUGAUGAAAAAUGCUGUGAAAGCUUACUUCAAUAGGAACUGGAGAAGACAAGACAUGAUGGAUUCUGGAAAAAUGCCCGAACAGGCUUACACUAGCUUGAAGAAGGUAUAUCUUACUUUCUUCUGUGCCAUGUUGAGCUUUACUUUUGGAUCCUUCUUGCACUUCAUCGGGGAAGCGGGAGGGCCAUUCACAGUCCUUUUUUCUGUAACAAGUUUGUUCUGGCUUUACAUUACUGAUCCAUGGAGAGUGAGGAAGAGGGUCCGACUCUUGAUGUUUGCAGUCUUUAACUUGGGUGCUUCUUUUGGCCUUUUUACCCAAUAUCUCAUCGACAUUGAUCAAGACCUUGCUCUCAGCCUUUUGGCAGGCUCAACAAUUGGCAUUGGAACUUUAUCGUUUGUAGCCUUGUUCACGAGGGAAAGGAGAGAAAUCUACAUGGGUUGCCUGCUUUAUUCUGGUGCUCUAAUGUUCUUCAGCAUUUCUGUUUAUGCUCUAGAUAUCCUUGACAGCCACACAGCUCAUUGGAUGUUAAAGGUAUACACUGCGCAUGCCUUGUUCUUGGGGUACCUUGUGGUAUAUAGCCAAGAGAUCCUGUAUGAUGCUCGCUUAGGAGAAAUUGACUGUGUCAAUUGCACACUCACCGUCUUCUUCCAUUUACCGGCUAUAGUGGUCCAUGCUGCAAGGCUAUACCUGGGUGCAGAAGUUGAGCAACACAGACAGAAUUAAUGCUGAUACACUUGGGGAAAAAAUAGAGAGUUGAUAGCAGACGGGGAACUGUAAAUGGUGAACUAAAUAGAGAGUUGAUAGCAGAUGGGGAACUGUAAAUGAUGAAAAAGUAAUACUUUGUGGCUACGUUUUACUCAUUGAAUUUGAAAUUCGUUAGUCUGAAGAGAAGUGCUUUUAAUA